CGUACUCAUAUAGUUGUUUUGCAAUUCUUUAUGAAUAUUUCGGAAAAAACACCUUUAAUGCAUAAUUCAUCCAGCUCUACAACUGAAGAAAUGCCACAAAGCGGAAAAAGCUGGAUCGACAUAAUUGUAAUUAUCACCUGCAUAGUGUUCACUCAGGCCAUUGCAUACUUUGCGACACCACAAAAAACGUUGGAAGAAAGACGCUAUGUUCUUAAUAUUUUAGCUUUGUAUACAAUGGCUGUGCAGUGGAUUGCUUUUAUACAUGCCGGAGGAUUAUUUGGAAAUGAGAGGACGGAAAAGUAUUAUGAUUUAGUAGGCAGUUUAACUUUUUUGACCACAUUAGCUAUCAGUUUGUAUUUAAUCAAUGGAAAGAUAACAGCAAGACAAAUAGUUCUUUCUACAUUUGUUGCUAUCUGGAGCGCUCGACUUGGUUGGUUCCUUUUCACUCGAAUUCAUAAUAACUCUGGCGUUGAUUCACGAUUUACUGAACUAAAAAAAUCGUUGACAAGAUUUUUAAUGGCAUGGACUAUGCAAGGAAUGUGGGUUUUCUUUACGAUGAUUCCUGUCUUGAUUCUUAACCAAUAUACAAAAAAUAUAGCUUUUGGGAUAUAUGAUUACAUAGGAAUGCCAAUAUGGAUAGUUGGAUUUCUUUUUGAAGUUAUAGCUGAUUAUCAGAAAAGCGCCUUCCGUAAAAUUGCUGAAAAUAAACAUAGCUUUAUUCAUUCUGGUCUCUGGAGUAUUUCAAGACAUCCGAAUUACUUUGGAGAAAUUCUUAUGUGGAUUGGGAUAUCUUUGAGUGCUUUCGGAGGAUUAGGAGCAAAGCCACGUGGAGCAUUUGCUUUUAUAUCACCGGUAUUUGUUGCAUUAUUAUUGAUAUUCGUAAGUGGAAUUCCAUUGUUGGAGCAAAAAGCUGAUAAAAAGUUUGCUGACAAUGAAGCCUAUCAACACUACAAAGAAAACACUCCUGUUUUAGUUCCAUUUAUUGGGAGAAAAGGAGAUGCCAUGUUUUAAAACUGAAUCGAACACGUUCGAAUCAAACGGCUAUGGAUCAAUUUCCUUUUUUUAUUUCAACUGUGUGUACCUAAAACUUUAAGAAAGAAACCUUAUCAGGAAUUGAAAUACAAAAAUAAAUGCUGAUCAAUUUAUUAGAUAUUUAAGAAUAUUGAGAAUUUUAAUCAAAGUGUCUACCAAUAAAAAAGCAGUUUUCUGUUUAUAAUAAUGAAAUA